GGUAAAUUGGUAAUGUCGUAGCAUACAAAGAACUUUCAGUCGGGUUGCUACAAUAUAGCCGUCUUUGAACAAGUACUAUUCUAUUCUUGGAGUCUCCAUGAACACCCAGCAACCCCCUGUCUAUGCGCCUGCAGGUUUGAGCCACCUUGGUUCCAACAGUAAGGGCCAGACCUCGCAUGACGAGAAACACCGAUUUGCCAAAGUCCGCAACCCUCGCAUGAGUCGAAUUCUUGCUUUUCGUAGUAACCUCCGUCGAACCAAUAAUAGAGGUUUGCCACCAGAGUUGCUUCUAUUAAUUUUCGAGCAUGUUUACGCAGGUAGCAUGCUGAACGGAGAGUGGAUUGCGUGUAGCUCACAGUCUCGCACGCAGUUCCCGUUCGCUCCCGCGGCCGUAUGCAAGGCCUGGAGAGAUGUUCUUGCGUCGGUGCCAAGGUUCUGGACACGUAUCAUCAUCAAUCUUGAUACCACAAAGCUUUCAGAUAUCGACACAUACCUUCAUCUCUCCCGAAAGCUCGCUUUCGAAAUCACCGUCACGCGAGACCAACGAAUCAUUUCUCAUUCUCGCACAAAUAAUAACGACGAGGGCACCCAAACAGCCACAGUCAUGGCGCGGAUUGUUCCACAUCUACAUCGCUGCAGGUCUUUAUGUUUUGAGCUCCUUCGCAGCUCCUCCUUGCCUGCUCUUCGCUAUCUGAAUGUCUGUGCACCUCUUCUUGAGCGGCUGAAGCUGCAAUGUGGGAUCGAUGACGGCGAGCAUCCCCUCGUGAGCAGCGAAGUUCCUGAGCAGUGGCGCUUCUACGCCCCAGCGCUUCGGCACCUAUUUCUCAAUGGGCGGAAUUUCCGCGACGCCUGCGCCCUUCGCUGGGUCGAACGACUUUCAAGCUUAGAGGACCUAUGUAUUUCGCGCUAUUCCGGUGGCAAACACCGAACAGGAGAGUUACACCUGCACGACGUUUUGCUCGUCGUCGACGGACUUCAUCGCAGGUUUGGAACACUUCAAAAGCUAACUCUCCAAGAUAUAUCGUUUGAUGGCAUCCUCACGCAGCAGGACGGCUACGACAUCCAGAUCGAAGCUGUGAGCCUGCGGUCCAUUAGCCUCUCGACGGUCCGUGCCAUCUUUAUGUCUAAGACCGGACCAGCUCCACGCCUUGUGCAUAUCAAGCAUGAGCUCUCACCCUCUGUAUAUCACAUUCGCUUGACUCAGGCUGACACCCUCGUGCUGGAAGGUUUUUUCUCACGCAUGGCUGAGGCUAUCAACAUCUGGGAUGGCAAUUGUCUUUCCAUCAAAUGCUGUCCCACCUUCAAUGAUAACACCAUCCGUGACAUUUACCGUUUGUGGAGUCCAAACAAACUCACCUCUCCAAGUUGGUCGCGACUAGAGAUAGAGAAUUGCACAGAGUUCUCCGCAGAUGCGCUUCUAGCCUUGAUCGAUGCACGCGACGAUGCGGUGCAACGAGCGCGGGAUAGAGACCCCACAUCACAGGUCCCUUUCAACAGCUUGCAGGUUUUACAGGUACAUGGCGGACCUCCCAUCUCGCCAGAGGACGCAGAGGCAUUCAGAGAGAAGUUGCUCACCUUCGAGUGGCAUGAAGCAGCCACAGGUAUAAUGCAUUAGCGGAGCAUAGGUAUGCGAGGGUUUCACAUGUCUCCGUUGACACACCCUGAGGGCAGGUGUGUUCCUUUUUUACUGCGAACUUAUCUCUCAGGAACUUCACAUUGUUUCGUAGAAUGGGCUACUAUGUAGGGUAUGUGGCGAAUACUACUCCUGGCUCGAUUUUCACCAGGGGGGAAACAUGACUUUAAGUACGACACAAUACAUAUGGAUUGAUUUCAAUAACAGAUUACCGUCCGCUCCGCUCGAAUUCAAGUCGUACAAGAGGUUCUGGAUACUAAUAUAAUACUGUGUAGUAGUAAUCAUCCGAUGUUACAUUCGACAAACAGCCGAUAUAUCACCCGGCCUACAGAU